UCAAAAUUAGCCCUAAAAAUAUUUUCAAAAUUUAUGGUGAUCCAGACCAUAAUUUAUUUAAAGUGCAUUUUCCCAAGACGAAACUUAUACCAAACACAGCAAUGUAUGUCUAAGGUAUGUCAGAGUUAUCCCCUCAUUGCAGUAGUGGCAGCUUUAGAGGGCGCAGCGCUGAAAAUAACCACACCACGUGAAGGUCGAUGGACAGACCGCGCGAAACCAGAUACAAGUAGAUGUAUAUAUCUCCAUAAAUACGGUGUUAAGAAAAGGUGUUAAUUGAAAAUGUUUAGGGGUGCAAAGAGUGUCACCGUGACUCACGAUGUCUUUGUUGGGAAUUUGCCACCAGAUACAAAUGAGAAAUUACUAACCAAGCGUUUCAAUUCAUAUGGGGAGAUUCAGUCCCUCAGUGUCUUCAACAACAAGCAUGGUGCUGGCAAAUUAGCGUAUGUGCGGUAUUACUUAGAGUCUGAUGCUGAUGAUGCCUGCAGAGGGAAUCAAGGUCUGGAAAUACGUGGGAAAAAAGUACUUGUUCGCAGAUCAAAGAAGGGAGGAGCCAGUGAUGCUGGAGAUGUGGAAGGCAUCAGAAAGCAUUCAUUUGGUCGCAGCUCCAAGGAGGGUUACAACUCACCCGAUAUUGUGCCUCAGUCAGAUCUGUCCGACAAGAGGUCCCAGGGCUCAGACUCUGACCUGUCACAGCUGGGCGAUGUCAACAAAGAGGAGCAAGUUGUUGUGACGCAUGUGGAGAGUGUGAUCUCCUUGUGGGUUCAGACCAUUACUGAACAAUCUGCUGAGGGGUUGCGCAACAUGACCAAAAAGCUAGAACAGACCUGCCCUGCAGCAUCCAAGGUGAAAAGCACCCCUGUUUCUGGUAAGCAUUACGCGACUCAGUAUUCACAGGAUGGCUGUUGGUAUAGAUGCUCUGUCAGACAACUUCACUCCAUCAAGGGAAAGGUGAAGGUUCUGUACGUGGACUUUGGUAAUCUGGAGGAGAAGGCCUUGGAUGACUUGGUGGAGAUCCCACAGUCCCUGGCCAAUGUCAAACCCUUCGCCAAAAAGAUCGUCCUUCAUGGCCUAGCUGUAAAGAACGAUAUUGAUAGUCAGACUGUGAGUCCCGACCCUUUCUUAGCGGGCCUACAGUUUGUCCAGGAGAAGACCGAAGGUCGUGUGUUGAAGGCCAGGCUCACCACCCCGCUACGUGACAACACAGGGUCGUUUGGUGACCUUUAUGUGGAUGAUUGUAGCCUCAGUGAGAUGGUCAUGCAGCGGGGUUUUGCACGUCGCACCAUGCUGCCCACAAAAGCCAGCACACCCCGUGGUCAAGGGGCCAUCAAUGGGUCACCACACAGAGUCACUCUCAACAAUUCACAACUGACAUACAGCGAGAGGAACAGAACAUCUCGUAAUGAACUGGCAGACUACAAAAUGUGGCUGGAGAGAGAGAAAGCCGAGAAGGAUAUGUUGUCAUUUGAACUGGCUACACUUAAAGGAAAGCUCAAGUGUCUACAAGCUGAACAGGCAGCUACAACCACAAAAACAGCUGAAAACACUCUUGAGCAGAAGCUAACCAACAUUACGACCUUAGUACAGAAAGUCACCCAGUUAAGGAAACAGUUUCCAAGCAAUGACAGUGUGAAUGACUGUAUUUCCACAUCCUUGAGCAUUGCCAUGGCAACUGACCAUGUGACUCUGGAAUCCAUCAGCAGCCUACACAGUGUGAAUGAGACCUUGGAGGCGUACACCAGUUGUCAGCAGGCCAUCAGGGCCAGUAAAUCUCUGGAAGGGCUGACAGAUUUGAUUGAGCUGAGAGACAAAAGAAGACGUGACCUUCACGCCAGCUUUCAGCAGUUUAUAGAAGAGUCUUCCAAAAUGCCAUUGGAUGGCCGAAUGACAAAGGUCAAGUCUGGUCUGCAGUCUAUUGCGGAGUCAUACAGUGGCUUUAUGCACUUCAUCAUAAAUAACAAACCCAGCCUGGAAGAGGCCAAGAACAUGUACAAUGAUUGGAGGGUGAAAGUGUUGGCAGGAUUCAGGGACAUUCGCGAACAGACAGAUGCUGUGAAGCAAACUUUGACCACCACCCUCUAUCACCUACAACAGCUGAUCUCCUUGGAAGACGUGGGGCAGUCAGGUUCUGUGAACUUUGAUCUGGAUGGCAUGUUUAAGAAUUAUAUCGCAGCAUUGCAGAAGGAGUUGACAGUCACAGAUGUGCAACACAGCAGUGAAGCUUGUCAGAUGGCAUCCAUUAUUCAUGAGAUAAAGCGAGUGUUUGAAGAAGAGUGGAAGAUUAUAGAAAGUGUUAAAAGUCUGGCCACAGAGUUCACGCGCCAGAAAGCUGCAAUUGAAGAGUGGUUGAAUGAAAAACCAGAUCUGCAAGACAUUCGGGGUGUGAGGAAGAACCUGCGCUCUAUCAAGUCUAAACUGCGCCAUCUGUUAGCUGACAAAGAAGACAUUGAGGAAAAUGACAGUGGCUCUGAUGAUGAAAAGAACAGAAUUGAGACAGAGCUGGUGGCUAUUCGGGGUGACCUUCAAACAGCUCUGCUUGUGGAGGAGGAAUUGAUGAUGAAGUACUCUGCAUUGGCGGAGGAUCAUUUCCCGGAACUGAAGUUAACUAAUGCUGAUUUGAACCUGGACAUGUGUCAGACGUAUGGAGGGAUGUUGAAGCUCAGUCGGGAUAUUGACCACUACACACUGGAGCCAGCUGCUGACCAGCAGGGUGUCUACGAUGUCAUGUUUGGGGACAGACGAGCGGUCAUUAGGGAGUAUGUGGUGGAUGACAGAAUUCACUCCAGUAAGGAUGAGUUCCUACAGAGGGCGUUGCGCUACAGUCGUGUCUCCAGCCCCUACCUGUGCCCUGUAGAGGCAGUGCUCCUCUCAAAGAAUCAAAAGCAAGUUUAUGUCCAGACUCAGGCCUCUGGGCUUCCGUUAUUGGAUUUUGUGGAACGCGAGGAUUUAAAACCAUGGCUGAUACAGAAGAUCCUGCGCUGUGUGACAGAAGGUCUUUGUGCCCUUCACGAGGCAGGGAUAACGCACGGCGCUCUGUCUCCUCAGACUGUCCUGAUAACAGAGGGUAAAGUCGCACAACUUGCGGUGCUGGAUUUCUCACGGCCAGCAGCUGAUCCCUCUCGGUCUUGGUUCAUCACAAAUGCUGGGUUACACUUCAAGGCCCCUGAAGAGGACCCCAGUCAACCCCCUACCCCCAGCUCUGAUCUCUUCCACCUGGGUCUCCUGUGUCUGUGGAUUCAUAUGCCUCACGCUAAACUGAGCACAAAUGAAGCCGGCAUACCUGUCAUCACAGACUUGCUUAUUAGUCAGGAUGUGCGUCACGUCAUCCACAACCUACUCUUGGGGCAGCCUUCCAGCCGUGUGAUAGCCCGGGAGGUGUUGCAUGCCGAAUACUUCAGCAACACCAUCCCUGACCUCCUUCAUGUGGAGACACAGUCCCUUGGGGACAGAUGCAGUGAUAUUGUUGAGAAGUCAGAUGAUUUUAGUGUGACCUCUAAGGUUGACCACAUUAGAAAGGCCCCCGCCAUAGAGGAGCAGACCGGUGAUCUUCAGUCUGGUCAUAUUCUGCCCCUUGACUCUGAUUCAGCCCUCCAGCCUGAGGACAUCAUACCGGAGCAAGAUGUCUGCCCACCCCCAGGAGGGGCUGCAGAAGUAAAAUCUGUGACAUUAGAGACCUCAGCAGAGGCACUGCUUAUCUCAGUUGCUCAAGAGACAGAAAAGACUAUUGCGUCACCUUUACAAAGCCCUGAGGUUGUGUGUGAGCUACUGUCUGUGGUGGUGCAAGAGUGUAGCUGUGUGAACACGCCUUCGGAGUGUAGCUUUAUGGACACGCCUUCAGAGUGUAGCUUUAUGGACACGCCUUCGGAGUGUAGCUCUAUGAACACGCCUUUGGAGUGUAGCUCUUUGAACACGCCUUCGGAGUGUAGCUUUAUGGACACGCCUUUGGAGUGUAGCUCUAUGAACACGCUUUUGGAGUGUAGCUCUAUGAACACGCCUUCGGAGUGUGGCUCUAUGAACACGCCUUUGGAGUGUAACUCUAUGAACACGCCUUUGGAGUGUAACUCUAUGAACACGUCUUCGGAGUUCAAUACUAUGAACAAGCCUCACACUCUACCAGCCAUAGUAGACAAAACCAUACCCACAUCAACAGCCCAGCUCAACAAGAGCACCUCUGUGGAACCUUUGUCUACUGCAACUGGAGAUCCCACUUCCGGGGUGCAAGACCCCAUUAGCAAUGUUUCAGUAGAUUCCAUAAUGGCAACAUCUGGGGCAUUAGCCGAAAACCUCAGCCUGUUAACCUUUAAUGGUCCUGGAAAUCCAGCCUGCGUUCAGCUACCUGGGGUAGGAACGGACAAUCUGCUACUGGAGCACCCUAAUUCAUCAGGCGACUUCACUGUGGAUCAGAACACGAUGGACACACUCACUUCUAUGGCAACACAGUUACCUCCCCUGGACGGUUCUGGGGAUGCCAAAGACUCCAGUGGUUUGUCGACCCCUGCCUUGGCCCUUGAUAACACCACUUUGAUGCAAAACCUGCUGAACAUAUCAACUCAGCACAACACCAAGAAUCUCGGCUUUUAACCAUUUUAAAUUUGGUUUGUCACAUGGUAUGCUGCUCUAUUUUUCAUAUAUCAUGUCAAAACUGCAUUAGAAUCAGCCGUAUAGUGCUGAUUUUAUACAAUAAUUUUACAAAACAUUUCUUUUUCAUCAUUCUCACAGAACUGGUUGGUAAUUGCUGUAUUAGUUUUUACAGCCUUUUUGUUUUAAAAAAUUUUGCUUGUAGGAAAUUGUUUUUCAGAAAAGGUACAUGUAUUGAUGCAAGCUAAAAUCUGUUCAGUGUAUCUUUUGUACAUUUGCAUGCCUGAAGACAUUAAAAUGCUUUUACAGUGUGGUUUACUAGAUAAAUCUAUCUAAGCUGGUUACAUCACUGACGGAGUGUCAGGGCUUAUCAGUAGUCCAUGGGUAAAAGGUUUAUAGUGAUUCUAAUGGAGCAAAGACAGGUUUUGUGACACUUCUGCAGGGCCUGUCUGAAGCAUCACUCUUGUGUUAACCUUCCACAAAAUUGUUGUCCGCUUACCAUCCGCCUGUCUCUCACCUGAUCUUCGUCAUGUAAACUACCAGUCAAGUUCCUCAGGGUUGAUGAGAAUGCCGUUGGAAUUAAUUUUCGUCACUCUGCGUUAUCCAGUAUGGCCGCUGUCGGCCAUCUUGGAUUGCCUGGUUCUCACACUCGUCCAUGGAAGCAAAAUAUCUAAAACAGUUUUCAACCAAUCUACACAGUGGCUUGAGGUCAAUAAGGAAAUGUUGGGAUUGAUUUCUAUUAAGAUUUUUUAACAUUAAGUCCAGUGCCUACUUUUCAUGGAAUAGUCCAAUAAUUGAUUCAGAUACAUAGGCACAUGAUCAUCCACUUUUAAUCAGGCUGUUCUUUUAAUCUUUGUUGUUGCGUGAACGGCAUAGUAUUUUUAUUUAUAUUUUAUUGGGUAAUACAUGUAAUGUGAAAACGGUUAUGCGUUAGUAUUCCAGCGAAUGGCAUCAGUUUUAGUACGCAGAGGCGGGCUGGAAAUCUUUUUUAUCACAUGUACCUUGCUUUUAUCCUAAUUCCAUUGGACAGCACUGUCAGUUGAAUUAGGGACGCAAAGAAGAAAGUUUUAUGUAAAUAUGAGGUAUUGUAGCUUUGGCUGUUGAUGUUGUUUUCCUCAUCUUGUUUGUUUUCUGUUAGCAAUUCUGCAUGUUGUUACUGUCAUAGACAUGUAUAUUGAUUUUGAUAUACUGCCGUGUAAAGUCAGUAAUGCGGAAGUAAGAUCGGCAGGUGCUUGUUUUAAUCAUUAGUUGAUUAGCCUUUUUUAUUUUAUUAACAUUCGUUACUGUUACAUUCGUUACAUUCAAGUGCGAGAUGCCAUUUUAGUCAUUUUAUUUGUAACAAAACGUCUGCCGAUUUGUUCAGUUUGGUUUUAUAGUCCGGCACUCGUAGUGCGUUGAGCUAACAUCCUUGAAGCCAGAAAUUGAUUUGUUUUACAUUGUACAAUGUCUGAAUGACUUGCACAUCAAAAGUUUAAAGCUUAAGGCUUAU